UCCAUUGGGCUCGAGCGACAACUAUUUUAGGUGGAGCCAAAUCUAAGGAGCUGUCUCUGGAGACAGCCCCCAGUCUAACCAGUCUAAAAGUCUAACCGCUGCUCCAUAUAGUUGCAUUAAAUGGAAGCACAGAGGCCCUGCCCGCACAACAGCUGCGGCGCCUACAACUGCAUUUAUUGUCAACAAGUGCCUACCGCCUAGUUUGCAACUGGUGAUGACCCAAAUUAACUUUCGAUAAGAGACGGAAAAUUCAUUUACUGCCAUUGCCUACGUGUUACAGUUAUCGGACUCUCGACAAGAAAAGCGGCUGGUUUUUUUUGCUAAGCUGCAAACACUUCCUCCAGUUCCAGCUUCAGUAGUUCCAAUUCGAAUGGAGUGCAUGAAAUUCGCACCAAGUUUGACACGGGGUCAGAUUUAAUCGAACAGCGGGACAUCGGAUCCGCUACCAUACACGGUGGCGUUACAGUCAACUCCGAGAUUACGGCCGAGGUAUUUGGAGGUCGGUGGUUUGGGCGUGCGAGGGUCGUUGAGAUCAUGGAGGAAUCAUAGUGAAAUGAACUUUGCCCUGAGGAAGGACUGAAUACCAUUCGGCAGAUAUUUCUAAACACAAGUACGUGCACAUAUAGUUUACCAGUAAUCGUGGACUUUAUUGCAUGUCAUGCCGAUAAAUCCGUUUAUUUCUGUUACGGUUCACAUAUAAAGCGCGUGCAACUACACGUAUAUUCGAUGCAGUUCUUACGUCGAGGGAAGCGAGAAGUCGCACAGAUAGGCCUAUAGUCAGACGCAUCUAGCUGAAAUGUAAUAAAUACCUAUAGUCGCAGUUUGUGCUCACAAAUUUUACGGCAAAAAUGGUUCCUUCAACGAAGGGACAGAGGGGAAGGGUCACAACCGUUGGAGAUGACGGGAGCUCCCACUCCAUUAUUAGCAGCCUAUCCUCUUCAUCGCUGGUCCGCCUGAGGCGCACGAUUACCCUCUUCAGCGGGGUGUGCAUCAACCUGGGCAUCAUCAUCGGCUCGGGGAUCUUCGUCUCGCCGAAGGGGGUCCUGGAGGGCGCGGGCUCAGUGGGGCUGACCUUGGUCCUAUGGAGCGCCUGCGGAGUGUUCUCCCUCUUGGGCGCCCUGUGUUUUGCCGAGCUGGGCACCACCUACCCCACCUCGGGGGCGGUCUACACCUAUCUCAGGAUCAUCUACGGCGACCUGGUGGCCUUCCUGUACCUCUGGAUCAGCGUCCUGAUGGCAAUGCCGUCUUUCUUUGCCAUCCUAGCCCUGACGUUGGGUGACUACUGUCUGCAGCCCGUCUUCCCGGAUCCCGACUGCCCGCCUCCUCGCCUGGUGGUUCAGCUCGUGGGCACGGCAGCCAUGCUGCUACUUGGGUUGGUAAACACGGUGAGUACCCGCCUAUCCACCUUUGUUCAGAACCUGUUCAGCAUCUGCAAAGUGAUUGCCCUAGCCAUCAUCAUAAUCGCCGGCUUAGUGCAACUGAUCAAAGGUCAGACUAAACAUUUUCAGAACGCCUUCGAAGGAUCGACCUUCAGCGGUCUCGGCUUUGCGCUUUACGCCGGACUUUACUCCUACACGGGAUGGGAGAGCUUAAACUACGUUGCCGAGGAGUUGAAGAACCCGAUCAAAAAUCUACCCAGGGCGAUAUUUAUCAGUGUGACUGUCGUCACAACACUCUACGUGUUCACCAACGUGGCGUACUUCACGGCCAUUGCACCGGAGGAACUCUUGGCUUCUAAUGCCGUGGCAGUGACCUUUGGAGAUAAGCUGCUGGGUGGAUUCGCAUUGGUCAUGCCCAUUUGCGUUGCUCUUUCAAUGAUUGGCUCCAUCAACGGCAACAUCAUCAUCUGCUCGAGGAUGUUGUUUGUAGGGGCUCGAGAGAAACAUGUGCCCUCGGUUCUGUCCAUGAUCCACAUCAAGUUUCUGACACCGCUUCCCGCCAUCGUUGUCAUGCUGGUGCUGUCGAUGUGCUACGCUUUCUCCAGCGACAUCUACACCUUGAUUAAUUUCUUCAGCUUCGUGGCGUGGACGUCCAUUGGGGCCGCGGUAGCGGGAUUGGUGUGGAAGAGGUGGCGGGAACCAGACAUACCACGCCCUUACAAGAUUAACAUCGUCGUGCCCAUCCUCUUCGUGCUUGCCGCCAUUUUCCUGGUCGUCAUGGGAACUAUCGACUCUCCGAUAGAUACGGCAAUUGGCGUUGGUAUCACGCUGACCGGAUUGCCGGUUUAUUUGGUGUUCGUCUAUCCAAAGCGUCUGCCGAGCUGGUUGAUAGAGUUUGAAGGGAGGGUGACGCGUAUUUUGCAGAUGACGUUGCAAGUAGUCCCGGAGGAGACGAAAGAGUGACGACAGGAGACUCACGUCGCGCGAGUUCAGACCCGAUCUCCAAGACUAUGAAUGACGAGGUGCCAGUAAUGAACUGAGCCUUCUCUUCCGGCGUUAUCGUACACAGAUCUCUGUGCUCGUGCAUUUGUUUUCACACCACGCACUUGAGAUCGAGAAGGUAUUAGUUACGCUGCGAAGACUACCUUCGGAUUGCUGCGUACCAGGGGUUGCCAAACUCAAACAUAUAUGAAAACAUCAAUCAUUGGCCAAUGCAUGGAAUUAUUUACAUGAUUUAAUUAAACAAAAUAAACCACAUAACAAACAAAACAAUGUGCUUGCAUUCAGCGAGAUAAGUUAACAAACGGCCAACAACACAUGAACACACAACUCGGCUAAGCAACGUAAAACAUUUAUACAUGACAAUAACUUUAACUUACAAA